AUGCCAAAUCAGAGCGCUCCAAGAAAUCAGACCUCGAAGCUGAGCAACAGAAUCAGACCGAAUUUAGAGUUUGGAGACUGGUUAAAUCAUCUGGAUACCUACAGAAGUCUGGAGAGGCAGGUAUUUCAAGAAUUCGCCUCGCCGGAUCCGUCUCGGAGGUGGCGCGAGGGCACGUCGAAAACGUCCUUUUCCUACCUGCUGUUAGACCCGCGUAUUACGCAGGAUCUGCCGAAUCGCAGCGUCCACCUUACGAGAUCGGAAGUCUGGUCGGUCUUCCUCAACGCCAUAUUCUACAUCGGUAAGGGCAAACGUUCCAGACCUUACGCUCAUCUCUACGACGCUUUCAAGACGUGGGUGGGUGAUUCGGUCAGCACCAACAAAAAAAUCAGCUGCAUUCUCGACAUAUGGAACAGCGAUCACGGCGUGAUCUGUUUGCACGUUUUUCAAAAUGUUAUCCCCGUGGAGGCUUUUACGAGAGAGGCUGCGAUGAUAGAUGCGAUAGGAAAGGAGUAUUUAGGGAACUGCAAAGGCGGGGAGUACUACGGCAUCGCGGCGACGUGGAGCAUGCAGCAGAAGCAAAAAUUUGGUAGAUAUUUAUUGUACAAGGCUUCAGAAAUUUUUAUGCACGAGGGAGAGAGUCAGCUUUUCCCUCACUACUUGUAAUGCAAGCGACGUAAGAUAGAUAAGUAAUAUAAUAACUAAGCGAAGUAAUAUAAUAACAAAUCAGUUUUUAAUAUAUCGCGUCAGACUU